CAUUCUAGCAUGCGAGUUUCCUGGCCACAGAAAAAAAAAAUUCCAGUACGCGGAGAGUCUUUCAAGUUUGGCUGCUUUCUAGGGUUUUGAUUUCAAAUUUCAUAUCUGGUUUGAUUUGGCAGAACCGCGUUUCCUCCACAUUUCUUUUUUGUCUCGGAACCUGAUUUUGAUCAUUGCAAAGACUGAAUGAUCUAAUGGAGUCUAAACGUAGCAAGAAGUCUAGCAGUAGUAAAUCAUUAUUCUAUGAAGCUCCUCUUGGCUACAGCAUUGAAGACAUUCGACCAAACGGUGGAAUCAAGAAGUUCAGAUCUGCUGCAUACUCCAACUGCGCUCGCAAACCAUCCUGAUAUUCAUAAGUUGGCUGCCUGACCACGUCACCGCUUGACAUUGUUAACUGUUGAUGUGGUCAUUUAAUUGUUAGCUGUAGUUUAAAAUCCUUUUCUUCUUCAACAACCACUUUCUUGUCCUCUCUUUGUGACUGUAAUCACUUCUGUUAGUCAACAUGGCCUUGCCAGUCUCAGCAAUUGGAUUUGAAGGUUAUGAAAAGAGGCUAGAGAUAUCAUUUUCUGAACCAGGCAUCUUUUCUGAUCCUGAAGGAAGGGGUCUCCGAUCCCUGUCGAGAGCCCAGUUGGAUGAGAUUCUUGAACCAGCUGAGUGCACUAUAGUUGGUUCACUGUCAAAUGAUAUUGUUGAUUCCUAUGUCUUGUCUGAGUCUAGCCUCUUUGUUUACCCUUACAAGAUCAUCAUCAAAACCUGUGGGACUACAAAGCUGCUUCUUUCAAUCCCACCCAUCUUGAAGUUGGCUGACACCCUCUCCCUCUCUGUAAGUUGUGUGAGGUAUACUCGUGGGAGCUUCAAUUUUCCUGGUGCUCAGCCAUAUCCUCAUCGUCACUUCUCAGAAGAAGUGGCCGUCCUUGACAGCUAUUUUGGGAAGCUUGGUUCAGGUAGCAAGGCUUAUGUGAUGGGUAGUUCUGACAAAUCACAGAAAUGGCAUGUGUACUCUGCUUCUGCAGAAGUGAGGAGCGCCUGUGACCCUGUUUAUACUCUGGAGAUGUGCAUGACUGGUUUGGACAGGGAGAUGGCUUCUGUAUUCUACAAAACCCACUCAAGCUCAGCUGUUAAAAUGACUGACACUUCUGGUAUAAGAAAGAUUCUUCCAGAUUCUGAAAUAUGUGAUUUUGAAUUUGAUCCAUGUGGUUAUUCCAUGAAUGCCAUUGAAGGAGCUGCAAUUUCCACCAUUCAUGUCACGCCUGAAGAUGGGUUUAGUUAUGCUAGCUUUGAAACGGUGGGAUAUAAUCCAAAAGAUGUGAACCUGAGCCAUCUGAUUGAAAGGGUGUUGUCUUGUUUCCAACCGAAUGAGUUCUCUGUAGCAGUGCAUGCUGACAUCUCGGGUAAGUUACUUGAGCGAAAUUGCCUUCUGGAUGUAAAGGGAUACUGUUGUGAAGAGAGAAGCAACGAAGAACUUGGUAUGUGUGGUUCCAUGGUAUACCAUAGGUUCAUGAAGACUGAGGGGUUGGUGUCUCCUAGAUCAAUUCUGAAAUGCUGCUGGAAAGAGGAAGAAGAAGAAGAAAAGGAAUAGCUGAAUGGUUUUAUUUUUUGUUUGUCUUGUCUAUGGUUAAAUAAGCCAACAGUUUGAUGGCCUUUUAAUAUGAUGCUUGUAGUCAUAUUAUCAGCCGAGAUGAUGUUGGAUUUACUUUUAGAAGUCUGGUGUUGAGCCAGAAACUUGCAGCUAUGUUUGUGCUUAUGAGUUCAAUUAAAUAUUUGAUAAUGUUAAACCCGGCAGUUUGAGGUUCUUCUUU